UCCGGAGACACGAACCUCAGUUAUCCAUUUAACCCACACACCAAAGUGUUGUCACCAAAGUGGAAAAUAUCAUCAUAGUGAUUUUAUUUUCAUGAUUUAAUAAUCGUAUCUGAAAUUCUUUAUAACUAAUCUAUAGUGAUUUGCCAUGGACAUGGAAGAAGUAACCUCUAUUUCAAAUGAGACAACAGUUUCAUCAUAGAUCAUCUCAAGAGACGGGUACUGAGACUGGCAUUGUUUGGAAAAUAGGGCAGCUCCACAAGGCAAAGAGCCUGAGGGCUCCAAAAACUUCUGCCUCAGUCAGUAUGUUCCGUACAUCGACCCACGGUAAAGACAAGUCGCCGCUACUUCUCGAUGACUCAGUUGUCGAAUCUGUUGCAGAACAGCGAUACGAUAAUACUUCAACCAAUGACCUUCCCGCAGGUGCUGCACAAAGUUCGCUGUGUGGAUUUGAUUCGCUGGAUCCGACCAUAAUUUGUACUGCAGCCCAGCUAAGUCAGCUUUCUGGUGGAAAGGCUUUUGCAACCGAACCGGAAGCAAGUGAUGAGCUUCUAAGCGACGUCGUCGGAGUGUUCGUCGUUGCUUUUGAUAUACGUCAUGGCAACACUGUGGAGUGGUUUACACCUGAAGAACUAGAUGUCAACGGGAUCGAAUUUAAGGCAAUGGCCAGUGGUGCUCACCGAACUACAGACGAUUUCAUAUAUUUCAAACGCGGCUCAUAUUUCGGGCUGGCCUGUUUUGAGAAACUUGACAUUGCUAGUACUGUUGAACGUGGAGCCAGGAUGAAAUCAGUAGGUGUACUUACAAGAAGCUACUCGUUGUUACAUGUCUACAGAAGUUUCCUUCAAACUCAAGUACGCCAUCUUCUCGAGGAACCUGGUAGCUACAGUGACCUCCUUCACUUCUUUCAACACAAAAGGAAUGUCAUUGGUCAGCGUAAAACGGAUCACAACUCUGCUACAAUGUACAGUAAUAAAGGAGGCUAUCUAAUGGCUGAGGUAGAUCUCGCCACUUUUGAUGACGGCAGUGAAAAGGUGGAUCGUGGAAGUUAUAUGCCCGCAGUCAUGGAAAUUACUCACCCGGCUGGUUGCUUCUCGCAAUUCCUCAAUUACUUUGGAGAGAAGGUGUUCGCUCUAUGGCGAUUCGCUCUCCUACGAAAAAGAAUCCUUUUUUUCUCGCAGCCUCCUAUUGGCGUUGUGUGUUUUCGAGUCUACUGCACAUCUACGCUGGUGGCGCACGUUCACCCGAACGUUGAACGAUGCUCCAAACUUUGUCCUCCACAGUUUUAUGUUAAUAUUGCGGAUAUAGAGGGGAUUGCGAAUCUUUCAUCCUAUGUGGCGUGUACGACGGAAAAAAUAUUCGAGUCAAAAUUGUCGCUAUUUGACCUGUACAUCGACCAGCAAAAUGUUCGCGCCUCAAAACUUCGACAUCACAGCCUUCUCGAAACGAACGUUGCUGAUCGUUUGAGAUUUUCGCAUCUCAGUCAGCUUAGAUCAAAAGCACAACCACCGGGAAAAGAAAGCGAGGCUGAUGAAAGUUGGUUCACAACAUUUUUUGCUGCUCAAAAUACACAGCUUUUCAAGGAAUUGUACGCUGCCGAAGCCUCUCCCUCAAGAGUGUUUACAGCAGGGCACAUGCGAAGAGCAAACUUGGAUCCCAUAGCCGAUCGUCACUUCGUGGCUGAGCUGGCUGACGUGUACGGUAUUGAUAUUGUACUUGUCAAUGACGGGGUCUGCUGUGCAAGCCUACCAGCUUCGUGAACCAUUAGUUAAAUGAACAUAUUUCAGUGAAAAGUAAAAAGGAUGCCAUUCAACAAUUUGCUUUUUGCUGCUUGAGGAGAGCAAGGCUACGUGCUGCCCGAGAGAAAGUGAUAAAAAUUGUUCCGUGUG